AUGUUGGGCGCUAGGAGAAUUGUGCAGAAUGCUCGUGUGUGCAAGAGAUUGCAGUCUACCAAGGUGCAAGGGCAAGUUAUUGGUAUUGAUUUGGGUACCACUAACUCUGCUGUUGCGGUUAUGGAAGGUAAAGUUCCAAAGAUCAUUGAGAAUGCCGAGGGUGCCAGAACCACGCCGUCUGUUGUGGCUUUCACCAAGGAAGGCGAGAGAUUGGUUGGUAUUCCAGCCAAGCGUCAGGCCGUUGUGAACCCGGAGAACACCUUGUUUGCCACUAAGCGUUUGAUCGGUCGUCGUUUCGAGGACGCCGAAGUACAAAGAGACAUCAAGCAAGUUCCAUACAAGAUCGUCAAGCACACUAACGGUGACGCUUGGGUGGAGGCUAGAGGCCAGCGUUACUCGCCAGCUCAAGUUGGUGGUUUCGUUCUGAACAAGAUGAAGGAGACCGCUGAAGCUUACCUAGGUAAGCCAGCUAAGAACGCUGUCGUCACUGUCCCAGCCUACUUCAACGACUCUCAAAGACAAGCCACCAAAGAUGCCGGUCAAAUUGUCGGUUUGAAUGUUUUGCGUGUUGUUAACGAGCCAACUGCUGCCGCUUUGGCUUACGGUCUAGAAAAGGCUGACGCUAAGGUCGUCGCCGUCUUCGACUUGGGUGGUGGUACUUUCGAUAUCUCUAUCCUAGAUAUCGACAACGGUGUCUUCGAAGUUAAGUCCACUAACGGUGACACUCACUUGGGUGGUGAAGAUUUCGAUAUCGUUCUAUUGAGAGAAAUCGUCUCUCGUUUCAAAGCCGAAUCCGGUAUCGACCUGGAAAACGACCGUAUGGCUAUUCAGAGAAUCAGAGAAGCCGCAGAGAAGGCCAAGAUCGAACUGUCCUCUACCGUUUCUACUGAAAUCAACUUGCCAUUUAUCACAGCCGAUGCAUCUGGUCCAAAACAUAUCAACAUGAAGUUCAGCAGAGCCCAAUUUGAGACUUUGACCGAACCUUUGAUCAAGAAGACCAUUGACCCAGUUAAGAAGGCUUUGAAAGAUGCCAACUUAUCUACCUCUGACAUCUCAGAUGUCCUAUUGGUUGGUGGUAUGUCUAGAAUGCCAAAGGUUGUUGAAACCGUUAAGCAACUGUUCGGUAAGGAACCAUCCAAGGCCGUCAACCCAGACGAAGCUGUGGCCAUUGGUGCUGCUAUUCAAGGUGCUGUCUUAUCCGGUGAAGUCACUGAUGUCUUGUUGUUGGAUGUCACCCCAUUGUCUCUAGGUAUUGAAACUUUGGGCGGUGUCUUCACUAGAUUGAUUCCAAGAAACACAACCAUCCCAACCAAAAAGUCUCAAAUUUUCUCCACUGCUGCUGCUGGUCAGACUUCCGUCGAGAUUAGAGUCUUCCAAGGUGAGAGAGAAUUGGUCAGAGACAACAAGUUGAUCGGCAACUUCAACUUAUCUGGUAUUCCACCAGCUCCAAAGGGUGUUCCACAAAUCGAAGUUACUUUCGACAUUGAUGCUGAUGGUAUCAUCAAUGUGUCUGCCAGAGACAAAGCUACUAACAAGGACGCAUCCAUUACUGUUGCUGGUUCUUCCGGUUUGUCUGAUGCCGAAAUUGAACAAAUGGUCAAUGAUGCCGAGAAGUUCAAGUCCCAGGAUGAAGCUAGAAGACAAGCCAUUGAGACCGCUAACAAGGCUGACCAAUUGGCCAACGAUACUGAAAACUCUUUGAAGGAAUUUGAAGGAAAGCUAGAUAAGGCUGAAUCUCAAAAGGUUAAGGACGAAGUCGCCGCUCUAAAGGAGCUUGUUGCAAGAGUUCAAGCCGGCGAAGAAGUCGAUGCUGAACAGCUGAAGACAAAGACUGACGAACUGCAAACCUCUUCCAUGAAGUUGUUCGAACAAAUGUACAAGAACCAAGGUAACGAUGGAAACUCUAACAGUGGUUCCUCUGAAAAUCCAGAAAACAAGCAAUAG